CGAAGACGCUUGUUCCUUUUCCGUCGUACAUUCUGCAUCAGCGUGUUCUUGAUUUGGAAGGUGAGUCCCUCAAUGUCCAACGUCAAAUUAUUAUGCAAAGUAUAGGCUGUAAACUGAUAAUUGUUGUUGUGCAUAUUUGUGUCGUCUUUAUUAUUUUGUUAUAGCGCGCGGUCAUGCUAGCCACCGGUAGCAAACUUGCUACAGUUUUGCUAGCUAGCUACACUGACAAAGUGAUUCCAUUGUGCUAGCUAGGAAUCUUAUGUAACUGCGCUUGAUAGCUCGCUGCCAUUUUAGGAAAAUAAGAUCUGAUUCUCACUUCCCAAUCAACUAGAUAGUGUAGCUAUGUUCAGUUUGCAGGUUUUAGGCCUUGCAAUCACAAUUUGUCCGGCCUUUGUGUUCAAACAAACGUCUGGUAAGCCCCUGAAAGCUUUCUAGCGAAGAUUGUUGAAUUCCACUUCACUAGCAAGCUACCACCACAAUAAUUGUAUACAAAAAAUAACGUUUAGUUAGCUAGCUAAUGUUGGCACACAGGUUGCACACUAGUUAGUUGGCUAAGCUCCCGCCGGUUGUUUAAAAUCAAAUCAAAUUUGGUCACAUGCGCCGGUGCAGACUACCGUGAAAUGCUUGCUUACGAGCCCUUCCCAACGAUGCAAAAUCUGAAAAUAAUAAAACAGUAACACGAGGAAUAAAAUACAAUUAUGAAGCUAACGAUACUGUAUAUACCGGGAGUACCAGAUUAAUGUGCAGUCAGAGGUACGAGGUUUUUGAGGUAGAUAUGUAAGUGAAGGCAGGGUAAAGUGAUUAGGCAUCAUAAUACGAUUAAGAGUGGUUUAGUCAACGAUAUAGCUACAGUCUGGUUUAGAUAGCUUAUGCUUGCUAACGUUAGUUCAACAUCUAUAUGAAAUUCAGUAACUACUUAACUUUGCUAGCUAGUGAAAUCAAUACAGGCAUUAGGUUAGCCUAGGCCUUAUAAAAAUGGCUAACGUUAGAUCAUGGCUUUGGGGGAGGGGGCUCACCGGAUUGUGCAUAACGUUAGAUUCUGUGCACAUAAACUGCUCUAAUACAAAAUGGCUAGCAAACGUUACCGAGAAUAACAUGACAACCUGUGUGCCUUUUUUUGUUUAGCUAACAGUUAAUUUGAUAGCAUUGUCUGUGUGAGGAUGUAGUGUAAGGCGCGCGAGCUCUGUGUGAUUCCCUCCACUUUGAUCGAAUGAUCUAAUGUUGCUUGGCAACUAACGACUAGAAGAGCAGAAACGUGUUCAUAGCUAGAUAAGGAUAAUAACAGAAAACGAUGGGAAAUACUAUAUUUGGGACAGAGGUAUCACUACUUUUAGCUUUAAAGUAACUGUCCAGUGUUUCCAGAUUUCUAUGAAAUAUGACCUGUAAUUAAUUAUGGUACGAGUGAAAUAGUUUUCUUGCCAAAAAAUGGUAAUUAAGUAGCCAUGUUUAAAAGCAGCUUUUCUGUGUUGAAAUGGUUUGGGAUUACCCCAACAACAAUGGUGGGGGCAAGUACACUGCUGAUUGGCCACCUCAGCUUCCUCAGGAGGAUAAUGACAUCCUCUAGGGAAAUGGCAAGCAUUUAUUAAACGUCUGUUUGAGACACAAGACUGAUAUAGAGUUUUUCUCCACUUUAUGCUUUGGCCACAUAUACGAGCAGGGGAGACACUUUGGUUUUAGAAGUGCGGGGAUAUAGAUAUAUAUUUAAAACAGCCUACCCGAGGUUAACUCAUACCCAAGUGUUGUUGACUCCUCCUAUACUUGUAUUCAGGGACACAACUUUCCCCUUCCCCAGUGAAAGUUGUGACCCUGAAUAUGAGUAUAGGAUGAGUCAACCACAUUUGGGUAUGAGUUAACAGAAUGACAUUUUAAGUGAGAUUUCCACUGGACAGUUAUUGUGGGUGUACAGCAAACUUUACAUGUCACCAAAUUAUCACUUCCAAAAAUAUAUUUGAUAUUGUAUUGAUAUGCUGGACCAGUGUUUCCCAAACUCAGUCCUGGGGGGCCCCCCUGAGUGCACAUUUUGUGUUUUGCCCCAGCACUACACAGCUGACUCAAAUAACCAACUCAUCAAGCUUUGAUUUGAACCAGCUGUGUAGUGCUAGGGAAAAAAAACCAAAGCAUGGGGGGGGGGGACAGGGCAGGAACGAGUUUGGGAAACCCUGGUCUGGAAAAUAACCUGUAUAAACAUUGUGUCAGGUGGUCUCAUGUUAUUAAAACCCAAAUUCGUCUCUUUAAAAAGAUGAAAACCUCCUCCCCUCUUGCUUUGCAGCCUAACAUGGGUAAAAAGCAGAAUGGCAAAGGGAAGAAGGAGGUGCUGGAGGCAGAGCCGCCAGAGGAGUAUGUUGUGGAGAAGGUGAUGGACCAGCGCAUCGUCAACGGGAAGGUGGAAUUUUUCCUCAAGUGGAAAGGAUUUACAGAGUGAGUGCACAGUUCCAGGGACGCUGGCCUGGAAGUACUUCCUUGGUAUGGGGUUGUACUUGUGUGGCAUGCUUAUCCUGCAGAACCUAGCUAGUUGAAAUAAUCUGAGUUGUGAAUUGAAUUUCAGACUGCCAUUUUAGUUACAGGUAUGGCUCGCUUGUAAAAUUUUAAUAAAUAGGUUGCUGCAUUUCUAGAGCAUGUGUAGAUCUUCUUACCAACAUGCUGAUGGUUUUUGUAGAAUAAAUAUCCACUGACUAUUCUCUUUCCUUUCAGAGCGGAUAACACUUGGGAGCCAGAGGAUAACCUGGAUUGUCCUGAGCUGAUUUCAGCCUUCCUGGAAGCCCAGAAGAACGUGGUGGAGAAGCCUGACUCCAACAAGAGGAAGUCCUCAACAGAUGAGCCAGAGACAGAGGAAAGCAAAGCCAAGAAGAAGAAGGAUGUGGUGAGUGUUUCAAAUCAUUGUAGGAUGACUGUGUUGUGUAGGCCUAAUGACUUUGUGUAUAGGCUAGUCUGUGUGCGAUGGUUAUUGUAUCCAUAUGUUUUGAUAUGCCAGAUGGUUUGCAUGGAAGCUGUGAUUUAUUUCUGUACUGUGUGUUUCAGAGUGACAAGCCACGGGGCUUUGCCAGGAGCCUGGACCCAGAGAGGAUCAUUGGUGCAACCGACAGCAGUGGAGAACUUAUGUUCUUGAUGAAGUGGUGAGUCUCAAAUUGCAAAACACAACCUCCUGUGAUGUUCUUCUUAAAUAUCACCUCUUUUCAGUGUUGCACAGCCCAAGAGCCAUUCCUCAUGUAAUUUAUCUUCCCUGAUAGCAUGAUAUUCACCUCCUAAAAUGACUGUGCCUUCGGGAACUUCACAUUCUCUAUUUUUAUAAUGUGCAUCUGAACUUCAUUAUCCUGAAUAGUGCUACUAGCUAACUAGGUCAACCUUAUUAUUCUGAUCAAUAGCCACUAGUAAACACCAACCACUGUUGUCCCUUGGCUCUACAGGAAAGACUCAGACGAGGCGGACCUGGUCCCGGCCCGCGAGGCCAACACCCGCUGCCCUCAGGUGGUCAUCUCCUUCUAUGAGGAGAGGCUGACCUGGCACUCCUGUCCUGAGGAUGAGGCGCAAUAGCACCCCUUCCUCACCCAGCUGAUGUCCCCUGUGUGCCCCCCUGACCUUUGACCUCUAUCCUGUCCCUGAUCCUGCCUCUCAGGACUGUUCUCCAUGUCUCCUCUCGCCCCAUGUACUUUUUUGACAUUUACAAUAUGUUUAGCCAUAGUGUUAGUGCAGAGCAGUCGGGUGGAAGCCUGUGCUUUAGUACAUACUUUAGUGAUAGGACAACAUUGUUUACUGGGAAAGGGACUGAGGAGGAUGCAGAGAAAUGGGUAGGAUGUAGAAAUAAUGGGAUGGGCGAUUUGUCGCUUUUCAUGGACCUAUUCCUCAUCCAAAACUGUCAGGGACUAGUUCCUCAAACGAUAAAUAGUUACAGUUGAAAAUGUACACCAUGGAUCAUAUGAAAUCUUGAUUUUAUUUCUCUCCCACCCAUAUAAUCACUUGUCAGACAUGUAUUU